GAAGCCCUUACAACGACAGUCGUCUCGGAAUAUGAGCGGGCUAGCUGAGAUUAUCCAAGAAACACCGUCGGAAGGUCCAUCUGAUUCUCAAGUCAAAGCUCAAACAAGUAACGAAAUCUCUUUUGCAGAGGUUAUGGAGCAAUAUGAUAUCAAGACCAACUUUCAUCAGCAAUACCGGGUAAUUCAACAACUCGGUAAGGGUCAUUUUGCCACUGUGUACCUCUGUGCCAACAGGGUGACAGAUGUGGCAUGUGCUGUCAAAACAUUCAAGACUCUCAAGUCCCUCGCAUCAUCGGGUUUCAAUGAUCCCUUAAUUCAUGAGAUUCAAUUGCUACGGGAGCUUCGAAAUUACUACCAUCCAAAUCUCAUGAGGAUGAUUAAUGUUUUCGCAGACUUCGAAAAGAAUAACAUCUCCCUCGUCUUCAAUCUCGCAGAAGAAGGGGAGCUCUUUAACUGGAUUGUCAGCAAACAAAAGCUCACUGAGAAUGAAACACGGAGAGUAUUUCGUCAGUUAAUAUCUGCUAUCCAAUUUCUGCACGGCCGUGGAUGGGUCCACCGAGACAUCAAACCCGAGAAUAUCCUUGUUCUGGACAAGAGCCUUACAAUCCAAUUAGGUGACUUUGGGGUAGCAAAACAGAUUCGCACGGAGCCGAGUCUCGAUGAACUUACAACUACUCUAUGUGGAACUCCAAGCUACGUGGCCCCGGAGAUCCUUCAGGAGACAGUCAGACGUCGAUAUGGGUUUGGAGUCGAUGUAUGGUCUUGCGGGGUUGUUUUGUACAUCUGCCUGUGUGGCUUUCCUCCCUUUUCCGACGAACUUUACUCCCGGGAAAGCCCCUAUACCCUCGCCCAGCAGAUCAGGAUGGGUAGAUUCGACUAUCCAUCACCUUAUUGGGACGAUAUUCCUGAUUCUGCUUUGGAUCUCAUUGGCAAAAUGCUCACUGUGGAUGCUUCCAAGCGCAUUUCGCCCUCCAAGUGCCUCUGUCACCCAUGGAUGUGCGAUACGCCCUGGCCAGCCCCAGAGAUACCAGCCGACGCUGAAAAGGCCCUCAGUUUGCGUGAUCAAGCAACCAAUCUUGAUACGCCCUGGCCAGCCCCAGAAAUACCAGCCGACGUUCAAAAGGCCCUCACUUUGCGUGGUCGUGCAGCCAAUCUUGGUGCGGAAUUACCAUGUUGAUACAGCGGAUGAUAGGGUGGAUGGCAUAAAGCAGCCUCUUGAUAGCGGCGUGGGAGAGACGCCUUUGGACCGAGUUGAAUGAAGGUUGUUGCCUCUGGGAUUUGACAAGGCAACGGGGAGU